UUUGGGUGGGAAGAUGAUGACCAGAUGAGCCCCAGUGGUAAAGUUUUUUCGCCAACGUGUUUGUCAGAUAGAGCAUGACUGUCCUGUUUUGUCCUUCACGGAUGUGUUGCGCUAUGUUAUUCAAUGUGCACGUGCUUGGUUUUGGUCUUGUCUUUCAGAUUUGAAUUGUGAAUUGACUGUGAUGGAAUUUAAGACACAAUAAACUGUUUAUUCUUGAGAUUGUAUGUUCGUUACGACACGAGAGAGUAGCUGAGAAGAUCUUUCUACGAUUACCGGAGUGGACUGAGUUAGUGAAAUAACUUCUUGCUGCAACCAUUUUCACGGCAUCAGAAUCCGAUUGCCGAAGAACAUCGAAGAAAAUAUAUUAAUUGGGAUAUCAUCACUUCAGAGCUACUCUUCGACCUGCGUCUAUUCUAUCUUAUCACAUUGCAUGUAGUGGUUGUGUAGUACUUUCAUGGGCGAAAAUCAUCCUCCGGAACAUUAGCAUCAUUCUUCUGAUUGCAUAGGGUGAAGAAAGAUACGAAAGCAACUGUUCUCUAACAGUUCUGUUCGACUAUGUUGGGCGUGGUUGGAGGUGGCGGUGGGGGUGUGACUGGGCGACGAUGGCUGGGUAGUGAAGACAUAGUGUGUGAACAAAGUGGAUCUUCAGUCCGAUUCGGUGUAGUCACACAGGCAUUUGACGAAGAAACUUCAUCUUCAGAAGAUGAAGAAGACAGCGACGAAGAAGUGGAAGCUGAAGAAGACGAUGGUGAAGACAAUGGCGACGGUGGGGAUGGGAAAAAUAAUGAGAGCAAAAUGAAAAGAAAGGAAUCGAAAGAGAAAGAGAAAGAAAAGGACAGGGUAGAAGAAGGCUAUGCGAGAGUGGCAUGGUUCAACACUCCCUUCUUGGCCGGGGGAGACACCCACCACAGACACAACGGUCGAGCGGGAGGAGGGGGCAGCAAGAAGGCCAAAGAAGAACAAGUGGUACCUGAGAACAAGUUGCACCUGGUUGACCGGGCGCUAAUGCCGGGCGAUGCUGUGCGAAGAGUUGCCACUAUACCUUCAGAAUCAUCAUUGUCAUCAUCAAAUGGCAAAGGGGAGGGGGAGAGUGGAGUGAGAAGUCAUCAGGUUCCAGCGCAUAGUACCCAAACGCAGAGAGGAUUUGUGAAGGCAGUUAGCAUCGAGUUUGAUGUGGCGCUGUUGGCUAAUAGGCAGCUGAGACUGUACGCCGUGCCCUCGUGUCGCUUCACAGCACCUGUGAGGUUCACAGAAGGUGCAUUUUGUGUGUACGAUUAUCAUCUGGGAGAAAUUGAAGCUGUCCACAAUAUUGUCAGGUUCGAAUUGCGGACUGGUUUCGUCUAUGAUGUGAAAGAGAGCAUCUUGCGUAGACUUAGUGUAGACGUACACGACCGAGUGAGCCGAGACAGUUACUUCCACCGCUCUUUCUUCUACCCCUCCCAACAGUUACUGUUGACAAACACACCUGAACUGAUUAGCCACUCGACGUGUGUGUUGGCAUCUAUGAAUUACAAUCACAACUCAGAGAAUCCAAACAGCAGAAAUAAAAAGAGGCAAAAGGCUAAAGUGCUGGACGUGAUGUGCAGCAGUGUGAAAGUGGGCUGGAUCGUGCGCUGCUAUGGGGAACAGCCGCACCAGCAGUACCUCAGUCCAGAAGUGAGAGACGACACUCCCCCGGAGACACUGUACAGAUCACAGCUGAAGAAACUGCUGCUUAUGGACCACUUCUUGUCUCUAAAUUACUCAUUGGGAGAUAAUGUGAUGCUGACAGUUAGUGAAAAAGACUUAAAAGAGAUGAAAAAUAUAGGUAAAAAGUUCCACUGUGGCGCUGACGUCAAAGACCACAUAAUUGACAUGGAGACUAGAAGACUAAGUCGAAACAAGCACAACACAAACAGCAGCAGCAACAAGACACUUGCAAAUGGCUCUAGUAGCAGUAAUCAAAUCAGUGCGAAGAAGAAGAGUCAGUCUAAAAAGGCUGGUGGAAGGGUGUACCACAAUGCAGUGAUUGAACCAGAUAGUAGACACAACAUAACACAAAAGAUGCCGCCCAAGAUAGCUCUCAAUGUAGAUGAAGAUACUGUACUGGUUGCACUUGAAGAACUCCUGGAGUUAAGCGGAGUGGAUUUGGAAGACAUAGAGUAUGGUCUACUGACUAACAUAGCGUCCAAGAUGUCAGUGUUAGCUGGCAGAUUAGUAGCCAGAAGUGACUAUGCCCAAUUGAUAGUCCAUAUUCUGCGGACUCUAGAGGGCAAAGGUCAAAAGAGAGAGUUGGCCAUCAUGCACUAUCUCAUGAACUAUAAGAUGAAUAUGUGGAUGGGAGAAGGGGAGGGAGAGUAUUCAGACGAGGCUGGUUUGAAUUCCACGAAACAAACAUCAUCAGACUACACGUUAGACCCGCCCACUCUACACAUUCCAGUGCGUAAUAGCAGUCUCUCAUUCGCCCAGAACCAGAAUCAAAAUGAGAAUAGACACAAGGCUCAAAAUGCUGAGAUUAAUGCAGCCAAUGGCAGCAGGGAACAUUUGGAAGCAGAUCGAAGUGGAAUGACAGGUAUCAUGGGUGAACAGCAUGACGAGUAUUUGGGCUUAGCUUCAGGCAAUCAGAGAGUGGGUGGUUCAACACACGCGGAGGACACUGCCAACACCCAUACAAGACCGACUACUACAGGCGACCACCUGUCAGGCAGUGAUUUCUUCGCCUAUCAAGAACACGAAGACGUUCCUUUGAGUGACUUGACCAUCUCAGCCAACAACACUCAAACUGACAGUCCAGUUGCAAGUUACAAACGACAAAGCCAUCCCAAUCAACAUACAAAUCAACAGAGCAACUUCGAGGACGACGUGAAUGCGAACACCAGAAAGGGAGACAGAGUAACUGUUGGUAGCAGCUGGAACAGUGUAGUGUCCUCCUACUCGACUGAAGCAGUGGCCAAAUUUGUGUCCACGGUAGACAUGGCAAACUGUCUCAACGCUCUCCUCGAAUGCUGGAAAGAAGUGAUCACAAAAGAAGGGGAGUCAGCUGAAGAUUCUCCUACGCAUCGUGUUGGUAAACGGAAUAGCACUAAUAAAGAGGACCAGAGUGGAAGUGAUGGGGAUGAGGGCAAUAGUUACAAAUACCCGCAACUGAAGAACAACAACAAUAACAACAACAAUCAACUGAAGAACAGAGGAGAGUUCGCCAACGAUGGCCUGGAUAGCACAGAAUACGAAGAUGAUGACAGCGACUCUUAUGAUGACGUCGAAUCUGAGGAUAUCCAAUACCAGGACAACGACCAGACCACAAUCACAUCAGUCAACAGUGACAACAAAAGUACCCUCAGCAGAAGUGGGGGAGGGAUUGGGAAAGAAGACCCACCUGUGAGGAGUUUGGAGUCUAUCCGUGUGGGGGAGAGGGUGGGCAUGAAAGUGGUCAUGAUCAGAACCAGAGUGGACAUACAGUGGCAGGACGGCAGUCUCGAGCAGAAUGUACUCUCAACUGAGGUUGAAUGCAUGCAGCCGCACCAGCUGGACGAGAACGAGUACUUUGUGGGCGACUUCGUGUUGGACACGAGGAGGGAGAAUGAGAGUGUGGAGAAGUAUGGAGUGGUGAAGAGUGUUGACUUCGCAGAGAGAGUGUGCACUGUUAGGUGGUUCUCAGAUGCACCAAAUGAUAGAAGAUCAUUUCUCAACGAGGAGGUAGUUAGCGUAUAUGACAUGUGUGACCUUGAGAACUUCGACCUAAACAUCUUGGACAUGGUGGCUCGUGUUAGCAACGACGGAGAAAUGCCACUUUGUCAUCCAUCGGACAGCAAUCACAUCCCUGACUCUCCAAAUUGUAACAGUAGUGCAAACACAGAAGAUCAUGAGGAACAUCAAAGCACUGGCGGAGACAACAAUGAUAACAAUAGGACACCCGGAGACUCCAUGGAUUCGGUCGAGACUCCAGGACCUCGAGGAGUGAACAUGGGAAAGAUGGUCCGAUUGAUCAGCGCAUACAAGAGUCUCAAUACUAGUGGUGCGAAUAAUAGGAAUAAUAAAAGUAGCAGGUCUCAAACUCCGAUAAGAUCCAGAUCCUCUCCCGCUGGUACUGCUGGUGUUGUCUUGGAUAUAGAUGUAGAGACGGGAUACGUACAUGUGUUAUGGAUGGAAGGGUACCAAUCUCUAGUUCCUCAUCACUCUCUACUGGGAAUUAACGAACACGAUUUGAUGUCCCAACUAACUGACUUCGCAUCCUCGAUAGACGAAAGCGGCAGUACCACAGACGACGAGGAAUGGGUGCCAUCGCAACCUCUGUCGGAAGACGACGAGAGUUGGACUACCGCUUCAGAAGACAAUGCAGAUGAAGAUGGAAUUGAGGUUGACGGGGAGGAUGAGGAAGAAGAGAGGGAUGUGGUGAAGACACCCGAAGGCGAAGUGCAGUCGGCUUUGGAAGAGGAAACGACACUAACUGCAGAAGAGACAAUAGAACUCGGAGAAGGUCAGCAGAAAGCCAAACUGAAGAGAGACAACUGGCAGAGAGUGGGCGAAGGGGAGGGCGAAGAGGAGAGUGUGGUUAAUCUAAGCAACCAUCUGGCCUCUUCAUCCGCAAAGAAGUUUGUUGCACAUCUCAGUCACAAAUUCCCGAAGUUCCAAGUCCUGCCUGCUGUGAAGUCGCACAGGUUUAUGUCCUCAGCAGAACAGACGGCUCCGACGUCCAAACAUUUCCAGUCCUCUGUAAAGAAGGAGCUGAAGAUGUUGUCCACUGCGCUUCCAGAUGGGAUCCUGGUGCGGACGUUCGAGGACCGACAAGACCUCUUCUCAAUCCUCAUAGUUGGCCCAGAAGAUACUCCCUACCAACAGGGGCUGUUCCUGUUUGACCUCCGACUGCCCCCGAGCUAUCCUCUGGAACCACCCAAGGUCGCAUUUUUGUCCUACGCUAAUGGGAAACUGAAUCCAAAUCUGUACGAGGAUGGAAAUGUCUGUCUCAGUUUACUCGGAACAUGGGCUGGAAAAGGAACUGAGAUGUGGAAUCGGGAAAGUAGCAGUCUGUUGCAGAUAGUGGUGAGUCUUCAGGGUCUCAUUCUGAACAAGACGCCCUAUUUCAACGAGGCAGGCUACGAGAGACAGCGUCAGCUGCAGACUGGACAGGAGAACGCCAAGAUGUACAACGAAAUGGUCAUCAUACGUCUAGUCGAGGCCUCAACUUGUGAAAUCCUGAGGCCUCACGAGACCUUCAAACAGGAGAUCGAGGAGCAUUUCCGCUUCGUAGCCUGGAACCUAAUCGACAGACUUCAACUAUGGUGUGAUUCCAGUCAGUCCUCCGAAACCCAAGUUGACCCUCCGGGCUUCCCUCUUUUCCCUCUAUCGGCAGGGUUCCGGAUCAGUCUGGCAAGAGAGAUCCAAAAGUUCAAACUGGCAGUCUACAAGAUGUUUGGAAUGUUGCCGCACUACGACCAAGGAGCGACAGAAGACAAACAUCAGGACUCGCGAGUCAGUGGCGCCUGGUCUCUCGGGCAGAAUUUGGUCGAAGAGCGAGGUGCUACAUCUUCAGUCUAUAGCAACAUGAAAAGCGAAGAUUCCUUACUGACUAUGGAAAAAAUGGAGGUCGAUUAUUUGAGACAAAAAGUUGAACCUUUUGACGAUUCUUUGAGUCGUUUGAAUAUGGCAGGUGCUGAAGUGGUGGCAAUUGAGCCGACGAUGCAAUCACCAGACAGUGUCGAGAAAGCAGACGGUGGUGCUUCAUCUUACAUGUCAUCAAAGUCUUUUGUGUCUACUGUACCUACAGAUGCAAUGAGUCAAUUUGCAUCAAAUACGGAGAUGACAUUGAGUACAGUGCAAAUUUCAGAAGAAAGCCUAGAAGCGGGCAAAGAGCAGACAGAUAAAUCACUAGAAAAAGUGAACAACGACAGUGAACAGAAAUCAAAGAAAAACGAAGAAUCGGAACGCAAAAGAUCAGAUAGUUCCGGUUCUAAACAAUGAGGCUUAUAAACAGCUGAGGUUCCGGAUUAAAUGUUAUGGCAACAAAUUCUGUCAGCUGGAUUGACAUUAAAUACGCUGCUUGCCACGAUGAUAUUAGGGCUAAGUGAAAAUAUCAGAAUUCGGAGAAUUAACACUCUCUUAUGUACAGUCAUCAAUUUUGCCUGAGCCUAACAUUGCAUUAUAUCAUUUUGUAGUUGUCUUGAUUGUCUUAGUAGUAUGUGAUUUUACAUAAGUCGCUAUUGCCAUAAAUGCCAAUUCAGUUUCCA